UGGUCACUUCCACGCGGAUAAACAGAGUGACAGAACAGAAAGAUAGCUCAUCUUCAUCUUUGUCAACAUUUUCUGCCACCGAAUAUCACACAUCUCUCACUUCACCAUUUCCUCUUACAUGCUUCAUCUUUUGUUAAUCUUUGUUCUGUACUCAUCACUACCACACAAAAACUUCAAUUUGCUGUCUCUGCAUUUGGUUCUUAUUCUAUGUUCCUAUGUGACCUAUAAAACAAACUAACUCCCUGAAAUUGCUUCUAGAUUGAAGCUUUAUGUUACACUACACCUCAAACAAAACCAUAUCCAACCUUUUUGUCGUGUUCCCUCUUUCUCCUCAUUGGUGCUUCAAUUCAAUUCAAUUCCUUUUUGCCACUUAACAAAGAACAUUUUUUUUUUCUUUUUUUUUAGGUUAAUCUGGAUCUUUCUGCACAAACCAACCAUUUACUCGUUUCUCAGCAUAGCACCAUUCUGAACACAUUUAGUGGUAAAAUUCAGGUUCUUCUAGGAUGCAAGAUCCGACAGCAUUUCAAGGUUUGAAGCACCCUCAGUUUCCCGAACAAGAACAACUCAAAUGCCCGCGUUGUGACUCCACGAACACCAAAUUCUGUUACUACAACAACUACAACCUCUCUCAGCCGCGUCACUUUUGCAAGAACUGCAGAAGGUACUGGACAAAGGGUGGUGCUUUGAGAAACAUCCCUGUCGGGGGUGGAAGCAGAAAGAGCAUAAAACGUUCGUCAACCUCAAAACGCUCCUCUGCGCCGGCUUCCUCUGCGGUUUCUGAGGCUGACCCGACCCGGAUUUGCACCAACCCGGUCGAGCAAGACAGUAGGGCGCUCAACAUUGGUGGCACCUUUAGUUCCCUGUUGGCUUCAUCUGGCCACUUUGGAACCCUCUUGGAUGGUCUGAAUCCAACUGGGUCAGGUCUCAAAAUGGGUGAAUUUGGGCAGGAUGUGAGUUCUGACCUGGGUUUGAAUUCGGAUUCGGGUUCAAACCCGGGUUUGCAGCUUCAGAGUAAUGGGAGUUCGGAGGGUUUUCUGGGUAUGCAGAAUGGGGAAUCAACCUGUUGGAAUGGUGGCCAUGGUUGGUCUGAUCUUGCAAUAUACACACCUCGCCCGAGUUUUCAAUAGAAGUUGCUGAAAAAACAAAUAGUUCAGUUUAUGAAUUUCUCUAUGAACAGUUCUAGGAAGAAAGAAAAAAAAAUGAUAAGAUACUAUGGUUGUGUAAAGAGUUACAUAGUUUCAUCAAGCCUAUUGGUAGCAUGCUAUGGAGGAUCAUACUGAUACAUACACCAGAAGGUCACUGAAGCAGCAUCCUUUAGGUAAAGGCUUCUUUUCUUUGUCAAUUUAUCAUAUAUGGUAGUGAUUGGUUUUCUUCAAACCCACCAAUGGUGAAAAUCACAAAAGAGAGAGAAAAAGUUCUUUUUUUUUUUAUUUGAGAGACAAUGUUGUGGUGACAGUGUUGAUCCGAUGUAAUUUGAUACAUGUUUUUGGGAUAGCUUUUGAAGAUAUAUGAAAGUUUUCAUAUGUUGUUGUUGUUGUGUAUUAUAUUUAGAUUAUAUAAAAGGGUAUGUGGGGAUGAUAAGAGAAAAUCUAAAGUACAGAGUUUGAAGUUGAAGUUUAUCUUGUCUGUAUGUUAUGAAUGGAGGACCUGACCAUGGUCAUUGGAGUGAUAUCAUUGUUAACUCAUUCAAGAUUUCAACAUUUUGGUGUUAUUUAUUUUAACUUUAAAAUCCUUAAUCCAGGGUUGUUCAGCUUCUUUUAGUGGAUCUGUAUAUGAUAAAGUCAUUCAAUGUAUUUCUGAUUUCU